CUAGUCUUUCCACGCAUGCGCCGUUGCUGCAUGCUGGGUGGCUCUACAGUGUCAAGUUCUUUCUACAAAUCGAUAUCACGUGUUACAAAUGGAUUAGUGAACGGAUCUUGCUGCAACGUCACCUUCAUCAACAUUAUAGGACUAAGUUGGCAGUUGGCGAUGCUAGGGUGACACGUACAAUGCGGCCUGUUGGCCAGUCGAUCAUCCUCCUCCUCCUCCUCAUCCUCUUGGCUUGCCUGCGUCCACUGCCUGAGGUCAAUGCUGUCUACUUUGGAUCCUGUUCGGCGCCUCUGGGUCUUGAAUCAGGGGGAAUUCCUGAUAAAGAUAUAUCGGCCAGUUCAGCAUAUGAUGCAGCCAGUGUGGGACCUCAGCAUGGAAGACUGCGUCACGACAAGAACGGAGGCGCGUGGUGUCCGCGACACAUGGUCACCCGUGACGCGGUGGAGUUCCUGGAGGUGAACUUGGGUUCGGUUCACGCGGUGACUGGCACUCAGACGCAGGGCCGCUUCGGCAACGGUCAAGGUCAGGAGUAUGCCGAGGAGUUCCUCAUUGAUUACUGGCGGCCCGGGCUCGUUAAAUGGCGACGGUGGCGGGGACGUGAUGGCAAACAGACACUUGCCGGUAAUACGAACACAUACUUGGUAGAGGAGCAAAAACUGGAUCCCGUCCUGUUGGCGUCUAAAGUGCGAUUUGUCCCGUACAGCGUGCAUGUGCGAACUGUUUGCAUGCGGGUCGAGAUCCUAGGAUGUCCAUGGAAAGGUGGUCUGAUAAGCUACUCAAUGCCCCAGGGCCCUUGUUCAGGGGAUGUCGACCUGAGGGAUGCACUGUACGAUGGCAGGGAGGAGGGGUUGAGGCUGAUGGGAGGAUUGGGGAAUCUGGUGGAUGGACACAAAGGCAAUGAUAAUUUCCAUGUCGAGGUCUACGGCCCUGGAAAAGGCGUGGGCUGGGUGGGCUGGCGCAACGACACAGCUGCCCUGGCCGGUCAGCCGGUCGACAUCAUCUUUGAAUUCGACCGCGUCAGGAACUUCUCGGCCAUCUACCUGCACACCAACAACCUCUACUCAAAGGAAGUGCAGGUGUUUUCUCAAGCGAAAGUCUACUUCAGUGUGAACAGUGGUCGUCAGUUUUCCGGCGAGCCUGUUCAGUUUUCCUACAUGCCCGAUCUAGUGAUGGAGCACGCACGUAACGUCACCGUAAAACUACAUCACAGGAUUGGUCGCUACUUAAAACUUCAGCUUUACUUUGCCUCACGAUGGUUGCUGCUCAGUGAGGUGUCGUUUGAUUCUGUUGUGGUGCACGGCAACGUGACUGAGGAAGAAGUGGACAAUAGCUUGCUGCCGGGUCUGCAGCAGCCGGCAGAUGCUGGCACGGUGGCCUACCAGCCCAAGGAGGACACACCACAGAGGGAUGAGUUCCAUCACACUACUCCGACAAGGGACCAGCAUCGGAAAACAGUUGUGAGUGACCAAACGUCGACCGGCACGAAAAAGGACGAGCCGGAGCCGACGGUGAUUGGCCUGGUAAUCGGCGCCCUGUCUGUGGUCAUAGUGCUUCUGAUGGCCGCCAUUGCAUUCAUUGUCGUCAAAAACCGCAAACAGAAGUCGGCUUCAACGCACUCCGGACUGCCCGGCCAUUUCGGGCCUGAGAAGAGUGUCACCAUCAACAUGAAGGAACUACAGAUGCGUGUCAAUGUAAACGCUAAAGGCGGUCAUCAUGUGUACGGACAGGUGUCCAUGGAGGAGCCGCCCCUCGGAGGCGGUGAGAAGGGGGCGGGAGCUGGAGGCGGCAUGUACCAUGAGCCGUUCAGCAACAUGUACUCGUGUGCACUGCCUCCCCAGGCGCAAGGUCACCGGAUGGUUGGCAGCGACGGACAUUUUGGUGUGCCCCCCGCAAGACUUACUGCGCCUGAGUAUACAGACGUGCGUGACAUGACGUCACAAGAGUAUGCAGUACCUCACAUGGCGACGCCGGCGUCCUUCAACAAUCACGUGACCCCGCAGACGCCCGUCCGCCCCCAACCCCCCACUCUGCACAACCUAUUUCCAAAACCACCCCCUGUUCCGCCGCCACCCGAAAAGUACUAUGCUGCCACCGAAAUAUGUCAGACAGCACCCCCGGUACCCCUUUCGCCACCCCCCAGUGCCCCACCCUCGUGCAGUUCGCAGGGGUCUUCGUCGAUGUACGGCCAUCUACAGGUGCAGUCGCCGCCCCACCCUCCCGCCUCCCAGCAUCAUAUGCCGCCUCUCAGCAGCCCCUCGUCUGACGGGGGCGGUGGGUUGGGAGGGGUGGGGGUGGGGGAGCUGUUCAAGUACCCCACCAUGCAGCUACAUGAGUUCCCGCGCGACCAGAUUCGGUUGCUGCAUAGGUUAGGAGUGGGCCAGUUUGGUGAGGUGCAAUUAGGAGAAAUAACAAAGGAGCCUGAUUGGCUGAAUGAUCUCUCAUGUAAACUUGUAGCUGUUAAAUACCUCAGAUCCGGUGCAUCGGAAGCCACACGGUCUGAGUUCCGACAGGAAGUGGAGAUCCUGAACGGUCUGCGGGACUCGAACCUCGUCCAAGUGAUAGGGGCGUGCCUUCGCGACGACCCCUUCUGUGUGAUCUUUGAGUAUUCUGAGUUUGGCGACCUCAACCAAUUCCUACAGGAGCACAUAGCCGAGACUGCCACGCCACUGCCUGCUAAUGCUAAAACCUUAAGUUACGGAUGCCUUAUCUACAUGGCCACACAAAUAGCUUCUGGGAUGAAAUACCUGGAAUCGCGGAAAUUCGUUCAUCGAGAUGUAGCUACAAGAAACUGCCUUGUUGGUCGGGGAUACACGAUAAAGAUCUCCGAUUUCGGGAUGGGGAGGAGUCUUUACUCGGCUGACUAUUAUGAUCUGGAUGGCAGGGAAGCUCUGCCCAUCAGAUGGAUGGCAUGGGAGAGUAUUUUGCUGGGUAAAUUCACGACGAAGAGCGACGUGUGGUCGUUUGCAGUGGCCCUGUGGGAAGUGUUGACUUUCGCACGCGAGCAGCCGUUCGAGGACCUGGGUGACGAGAGAGUCAUCGAGAAUGUCACUCACUUCUACCAGGGCAAUGGAAAACAGCUGCUGCUACCGCAACCAAUCAACUGUCCGAAAGAGAUCUACGACUUGAUGUGUGAGUGCUGGCAGAGAAACGAGGCUGACCGACCCAAUUUCAGGGAGAUACACCUCUUUCUUCAGAGAAAGAAUUUGGGCUACCGACCCGAGUUGAAAUAACAGUACGACUUCUAUUGGUUCCUCAAUUUUAUCAUCAACGAGCUAUGAGGAAGUGCUGCGGGUAAUGGAAAUUACUUAGAUUUGACACAAAAUCGUAAGUAAAGAAGUGAACAAUGACUCAUAUAAAUUUGAUUCAUGAACACAAUGAAGUGAUUGAAAGUUGAACAAAUAUUUAAAUGUGACACAUAAACUGGAAAAAGUUAUGAAUGACUCGAAUUAAUUAUUUGAAUUUGACACACAAAAGUUGGUAAUGGAGUGAUCAAUGACUCAUAGAGACGGUUUGUUAAAAUUUGAUAGACGAACGCCAAUGUAGUGAUUGAAAUUGAACAAAUAUUUGAAUGUGACACAUAAACUUGAAAAAGUUAUGAAUGACUUGAAUUAUUAUUUAAAUUUGACACACAAAAGUUGGUAAUGAAGUGAUCAAUGACUCAUAGAGACGGUUUGUUCAAAUUUGAUAGACGAAUGCAAUAUAGUGUUUUAAAUUGAACAAAUAUUUGAAUGUGACACAUAAACUGGAAAAAAGUUAUGAAUGACUCGAAUUAAUUAUUUGAAUUCGACACACAAAAGUAAGUAAUGAAGUGAUCAAUGACUCAUAGAGACGGUUUGUUAAAAUUUGAUAGACGAAUGCAAUAUAGUGUUUUAAAUUGAACAAAUAUUUGAAUGUGACACAUAAACUUGAAAAAGUUAUGAAUGACUUGAAUUAAUUAUUUUAAUUUGACACACAAAAGUUGGUAAUGAAGUGAUCUAUGACUCAUAGAGACGGUUUGUUCAAAUUUGAUAGGCGAACGAAUAUAGUGUUUUAAAUUGAACAAAUAUUUAAAUGUGAGACAUAAACUUGAAAAAGUUAUGAAUGACUUGAAUUAAUUAUUUAAAUUUGACACAUAAAAGUAAGUAAUGAAGUGAUCAAUGACUCAUAGAGACGGUUUGUUCUAAUUUGAUAGACGAACGCCAAUGUAGUGAUUGAAAUUGAACAAAAAAUAUUCAAAUGGGACUCAUUAACUUGAAAAAGCUAUGUAUGAUUCAAAUAAAUUAUUUAAAUUUGAUACACAAACGUGAGUAAUCAAGCUUUCAAUGACUCAUAGGAAUGGUUAAUUUGAAUUUGAUAGAUGAAAUGAAACAAAUAUUUAUAUGUGACUCAUAAACUUGAAAAAAGUUAUGAAUAAUAACUAGAAUUAAUUACUAAAAUUUGACACACAAACGCAAUAUACUAAUGAAUCAUUCAAAGUUAUUUGAAUGAGACACAAAAAGUGAUGAAGUAAUGACUGUAUUAUAGAGUGAUAGUAAAUAAUGUUCGGAAAUGACUUGAAAAUACUUUGAAAUUUAGAAGAAUUUUUUGUUUAUUUUAGACUGUUUGGUGAUUAACUCAUAGGCCUAUAACCAAUACCUACUAUCACUUCAAGUAAUAGUAGGUAUUGCUAUAGCUCUCAUAAUAAGAACUGAUGGAGGAUUAUGUGAAAUCUAUGAAGAUUAACUAUAAAGAUCAAAUAGGAUUAUUUCAAUUGUAAGUGGUGAAUGUAAACAGUACGGUAAUAUAACAGUGAGUGAAAAAUAUCCUGGAAAAGUAGGUACUUUGAAAAAUAUUUAACUCAAUAUUGCUCAUAGAAAUGGUUUGAGGGUUUGUAGGGUAAUGAGCUCAUCAAAAUUGUUAUAGGAAUAAGGUAUCAAGUCUGAAAUUAAACUUUUAGAACGUUUCACGAAUCUAUGACAAGUGUUUCCAAAUUUUCAAUUUUCAUUCUUAAAUUUUUUCGAAUCACCUACCUCCUCAGUAAUAUUACUCAAAUACAAGUCUUUAGUUUGUUUAGAAAUGUAAUAUUUAUUUUUAUAGAUCUCCAUUCCAUUGAAAACAUUUUGACAAAAGUACAAGAAUAUCCCAUCUUUUAUGAUAAUUGACAAAGCUUAUAGCUCCGCAAUUCUGAUUGAUCUUGAUCAAGGAAUACUAAUAAUAUUAUUUUUAACAUUUAAAAAUAACUUCUAUUGUGAAACAUGGUAAUUUAUGAAAAUGCUCUCAUCAGUUUUCACUGAAUCUAUUGUUAAAAGCAUUUUCUGCAAAUUGUAAUGUUGUAAAAAACUUGUCUCCAACAUGUUGUUGAACUAACGAUAUUAUUGUGAGAAAUUUUGUAAAAAUUCGAAGACUGAUUGUUUUAAGAUGUCGAUAUUAUUGUAUAAAUAUGGUAGCUAAUGAGUGUUAUUUUUCAGCACAAUUUUUGUAGUUGGAAGUUUUGUUAUUUUAAUAUAAUUGAAGGUGGUGAAUGUACACCAUUAAUGUUUUUACUGUAGGUAAAUUUUUAUACUGCUAUCUUUAAAUAAACUAGAACAUCUUGAAUAUAUUGUACAUGUAAGGAUGUUUUGUAUAUUAAUUUAAACUGAGCUUGUUUAUAUAAUGACUAUUGAUUAUUAUAGGCUAUUGCUUUAACUAAAUAAGUUGUUACUCUCAAUCAUGUAUAGUAGGGAUUGCUAACUCUGUAGACAGACUUGAAAAUUAUUGUAGUAUUUAUUGUUUAAUAUCAGGUAUUUCCUGAUAUUCUGUUAUGAUUAACAGAAUAUUAUAUGAUAUUCCUGGAUAUUAUUGGUUGAAUUGAUUAUCAACUGUAGCUUCUUAGACGCUUGAUUAUUCUCACUAGAUUUCAAAUAUUUUAUUUGUUGGUGUUAAUACACAUCUUGUUGACUUUAUACACUGCAUUUUAUAGGUGAAUUCAAUUUAUUUUAAAAACAUUUUUCUCGUACAAUGUCUUAAGAAAAUUAACAUGAUUUUCGCGUUUAUUUUAUCUUUUAUCUAACAUAUCUUUUUCAUUCAAUACCCUUUUGAGGGUUAAGUGUAAGAGAGGGCCGGCUGCGCCCUAACUUCGCCCUCCUUGGUAAAUAAUAAAGGCAGUCAUUCUAUUCUAUUCUAUCUUUUCAAUCUGAUAACUGUUUUAUAUAUAUCUUGAGAUAUGAUCGAGUUAUAAUGGGAUGUCGGCCUAUCAAAUUAUAUAAAAUAAUUAUAUACAGGCCUAUUAAAUGAGAAAUAAAUAUUUGUGUUGCUGGUUCAGUUUUCUUAUAAACAUUUCCAAAUAUUGGGUACAUUUUUAAAUCGAAUAAUGGAACUGAGUUUUUGUUCAAGGGGUUUGUUUAAUGGAAAUUUAUGAUUGCAGCACAGAUAGUAAUGAGUUCUGUAUGACACAGUCACCUCUCAUAGUUUGUCAUAUUUUCAUACCCCAGAUUUGACAAUCAAAACAAUCAAAAAUUGUUGGGGUUAAAUCAAUGUCAAUUUUUUUUGCGAAUUUGGAUAAGUUUUUCUUUUCCAAUAUCAAGAAAAACUUUUUAAUGAUCAAUAUCAAGUCCCUCAUUGGACUGUCAUACCUAUUAGGUCUAUGAAGAAAGUGCUUGACGAACUAUUUUUGAGAAACACGGAGUUGUGAAUGAAUUUGAUAAGAAAUGAGAAUUCCCGAAAAAAAUACUUUCAAAGUUGAAGCAUUUUCUUACUUUCAUCAGUCAACUUUAGUGUAUGAAUGGUAUAUCAAUUCUCGAUAUACUCUAUAAUUUUAUAUUACUAUUUAGAGCUUAUACAGUAAGUUUAAUCUUUGAAUAAUGCAUUGUAAUAACAACUCAUUUCAAAUUAUUGUUCAAACAAUAUCAAAGAAUCAAAUUUGGAUUAAUUCAAUUCAAAUCUGAACAAGUAACUGGUGACAAUACUUUUCUAUCACCUUAAUUAAGAAAAUAAUGAACAAGGAAUUCUUAAAUUAUGAUGUAAACUGUAGCCUACUAUUAAAAUUAAGUAAAUAAUGUAUAAUAACAGCUUUUUACUUCUAAACUCGCAUUGUAAAUAUUGUAAUAUGAAUCUAAUAAUAAUAAUUAUUUAUUAAUUAACAACACAUUAAUCUUGUUUUGCAUAACUUGUUUUUAGGCUCAAAAUAAAGUUGAAUUUACCGUUUUAAUAAUGUGUUUAUUGUAUAAAAUUGCAAAUACUAUUCUAGAGCCAUGACCAAAGUGAAUGAUUUAUUGAUGAUGAUGAUAAUACAGAAAGCUUGAUAUGGAA